AUGUUUCCUGCUAGUAGAAGUAUAACGAUAUCGUCCAAUGUGACAUUGAACCUGGUUCGUACCUUAGCUCGUGUGAGGUACGCCUACCCAAGAGGUUAUACCCCAGAGGUUGACCCAAAGACACACAAAAAGAAGGACCAUCGUACUUGGUUCAGAAGACAUUUAAAGGCCUGGUUAGGACCUAUGAACAUAAGGGGAGAAUAUUACCAGAAUAAGUACUACUACCCUCCUCAAGAACACAAGCCUAAGUAUAUCGACCAAACCGGCGUUACCUUGGUGACCGGUCACCAAACGAAAGGUGGUGACGACGCUAAGGCUGGUGGAGCUAGGGGCCGUUUUGCUAGUGACUUCUCUGGUAAUGCACAGUUUCAACCAUUCCCAGAAAAUCCUGCAUGCAGGACCAACUUGAUGAUUUCCAAUGAGUUAAAGGAAAAGAUUCAAGAGGAGUUAUCAGUCAAUGGACUACACCCACAACAAGUGGCACAUAAAUAUGGUAUUAAGAUUCCAAGAGUUGAAGCCAUAUCCAAAUUGCAAGAAAUACAAAAGCAAUGGCAAGAACAAAAUAAAAUAACACCAGAGUUAGAAAAUUUUGGCAAGGUUAUGUACAAAUUGUUCCCAUUAUAUGAACCACCCGUAAAUGCCGAAAAUUUGACAGAAAUCCCUACACCAUCGAAAACUUUGCACCAAAGAUUCUUGACAAUUUCUGAAUCUGAGCCUUUUGGACCAGUUGAUGCGGCUAAAUUGUUUGAUUUGGAACCUGCUCAACAAACCUUGGACAAUUUGACUGAAAUUGAAGAAGCUGGAGGAGAUUCCUCCAAAUUAAGUAAAGUAAAGCAAAACAAAGUCUUGGUUGGUGCUCAAAAGAAGGAUGAUAGAACAUUCUUCAAGUUCACCCACUCUAAGGUCGGAGAAGUUGGUCAUAGAUAUGGUGCAGGAAUAAGGGACACCAAGAAAGACAGAAGAAUCGGAUUCAACGCCGAAGGUAAAAUGGUGAAUAUGUAA